UCUUUGCUGUCUGCCAUUUUCUGGAAUACAAAAGGUGAGGGCAUUUCUUAACCUUUGCUUUUUUACAGUAUCACAUAGCUCGGGUAAAAUUUGAUGUUGUCAAAUCUUUUUUCUUAAAAAGACUUCAAGCCUUUAAAGCAGUGAAAGACUGCUGGUUGUUCCCUCGGUAGCCACUCUCCUAUCCUUCUGUAGUAAAAGUAAAUUACUUCCCAGCUGAAGGUUAUAAAUAGAUUUCUCAGCCUCUUUUCAAGCUAGGUGUGGCAGUGUGUUUGGGUUCUGGUCAAUGUGAUGUUAGGGAAUGUGAUGACUGCAGUUCGUGGGAAAUGCCCUUUAAAAGAGAAGAAUGUGUCCUCUGCUUCUCCAUCUUCCCUUCCUACAGACUGGAUUGCAAAUUUGAUGGCAGGAAUUUAGGCAGCCAUCUUGGGCCAAGAGAGGGAAGGAACUUGUUGUGGAAAGCAAGCAAAUAGACCGAAAAAUCCUGGGCCUCUGCCUUAUCAACCAUAUCAGCUCUAGAUGACUUAUGUUUGGACUGAGAGAAAUAAACUCCUAUCUAGUUAAGCCUGAGUUACUUUGGCUUUUGGUACUGCAACUAAACUGGUAUCCUAACUAACACAAAAAGAACCUGACCAUGGGUCUCCUUGAGUAGUCAAUAAGCAGCAAUUACAUCACGUUUCCUUUUGUGAAUGCAAGGGAAAAUUGCUACCAGCAGCCGGCAACCUGGAGGCAGGAAGAGAUUUCCCCCCCAAGAUUCAAGAAAGUGUGAAUCUUCUCACCUACUGCAUUGAGUCUUAGGGAGCAGGGCCUGCUUGGAGCUGCUCAGCACUUGGAUGAGAAAAGGGAAGAGACCACGUGGGGUCCUGAAAAGAGGACCUAGGGAAGAUGGCUGAGGCCCUGCAACAGUUUUUGCAAUGUGCUCGAUUGGACGCCAUCAUUUCUAAAUAUCCUGCAGCUAAUGCAUACACUAUCCCAUCAUAUUUUGUUUCGAAGAAAGACUUCAGUAAUUCCUGUUCCAGCAUGUUCCAGUUGCCAAGCUUUGCGAAAGUUCUCAAAUUUGAAACUCCUGCACCAAACCAUUACAACGCCUCUGUCUCUUGCUGCAAGCAGAGAAAUAAUGUUUGUGCCCGAGCAGGGUUUAUGUCAAAAACAAAAAGAGGAAUUUUCACUGUUCCUGGAACAGGACCAGCCCCAGGGCACUAUAAUAUCAACGAAUCCCUUGUGAAGCAGUCGCCAAAGAUAUUAAUGUCUUGUUUUAAGUCAAAAACUGACCGUGGAUUAAAACUGGCAUCAACAGGCCCGGGACCCGGUUCUUACAACCCAAAUGAUCACACCAAAGUUCCAAAAAAGACUCUUAUCCCGAAAAACCCCAUCCUGAAUUUCUCAGCCCAGCCUCUGCCUCUGCCCCCGAAGCCACCUUUCCCGGGCCCCGGUCAGUAUGAGAUUGUGGACUACGCUGGGCCCCCCAAGCACUUCAUCUCUAGCGUAUCGUUUGUGUCCAACACUGGCCGGUGGACAGGGGCUCCAUCCCAGCCAGGACUGCCUGGCCCAGCCACAUACAAGCCGGAAUUCCCAGGAAAGCAGUCCUUCCUGUACAAUGAGGACAACAAAUGGAUCCCAGUGUUGUAGUGACAUCGCAGGAGCUCAGGGAGAGCUCAGCCACCAGUCCACCCACCCACCCAAGUUCUCCAAGAAAUUCAUUGAGAGAAUGUAUAUUACUUGUGUGACUUCUGACGACUUGGGAGGAAGCUGUCACAUCCCACUUGGUGCUAGGCUGGGCUGCUGUGUUUGUCCUUGUCUGGAGCUGCUGAGUGUCUGUGUUUGUCCUUGCCUGGAGCUGCCUCCUCGAGACAGGAUCUCCCAUCUCUGCUGGCUCAGUGGUUUCCUGAAUGAAAAUGAGGAGUGGAUAGAGCCUCCCUGGUUGUUUCACCGUGUACCGUCCAGGCUGGUGACUGGUGCAUCUCCCCACCACAGACUUAAGGGGCUCCCAAAGCACAGGUUUAGGGAAAAGAACCAUUCCAUCACUGAGCCAGCUGAUGGCAGGUUCUCAGCCUAGAAGUUUGGAUGCUCAGCCAGGGCUCUGUGUCACACACUGUACCUGCAAAGUUAGCAGUGGAGAGCUGGGGUCCAGGCACCAUCCCAUUCUCCUGGCCUUGGCUUUCAGACUCCCCCUUAAGUUCUAGGAGCCAGGAAGGCCUAGUGGCUCCUGUGACAGAGACACAAGGGUGGCUAAGCCUUCAUCUCUCACCUGCAGGAAGAACAUGGUCACCAUCAUCACUUGUACUCAUUACUCAACUUCUAGAGAAGCUGCCACAUAAAUUCAUUGGCUCUUCAUUCAACUGCAGACAUGGGCAGGAUCCUGCUGGAGCCAGAGCCCUGGAGACAUUGGUUCUGGGGACAGGGAAGCCCCGUACCAUCCUGCCCCUGCAGGCUCUUCCUUCCUCCUGACCUUUCCCCUUCCCCAGGCCUGGGGCUCCAUCCCUGCCUGACCUGCUGCUCCAAUAUCAGGGAAGGACUUGUUGACCAAGUUUGACACAAUCUUUAAAGAAUCUUUUCCAGCCUUCCAAAUCAUUUCCUCUCAGAGUCUCCUCUUCUUAGAGGAGAUUCCCAAAGAACCAAGAGGACAUAGAAGUAAUCUCAUGUCUCCUCUUCCCCCAAAUACUGAUGUCGUUUUUCUUUUCUUUAAGUGAAGUCCUUUGAGCAGCCUUCCCCUCCCCCAACCGCCCACAUUGACAGUGCCGCUCAUUUCUCCUUGGCUCUCUCCUUUUACUUUUCUCUGUGAAUGUUACAUCCUGGACCUUCAUGUCAGAACUGGCCCGAUUGACUCUCCCUUUGGUGAAGGGUGGAUGAAAAAGGGGGAGGGAGAGGAUGGAAUAACUUAUCCAAUUAAAGUGAAUUCUUGCCUCUCAA